AUGGCAACGGUAGUAGAUGGCAGUGGCAGUACGAACCACCACCACCAUGGGUUCGCAGGCCGCGCGAUGGACUCAUUCCGGGAGCGCGCCCAUCUCUCCCACGACGGUCGCCACCCAGCUCCACCCGCGACUCAGGCCAGCGCUCAACAAGGUGAAGGCAUUGGAAAUGGCCCUCAGAUCAUCAGCACCACGGACGAUGUCGACGUGCUCUGUGGGCCCCUCCUCAACUACAAGCGCAUGAGCAAUGAGCACUCGGAUAAUCCCCAAUGGCACGGCAGUGUGUUGAUCGUCACCACCCCAGGAUCCAGGCCAGGCGCGUUGACGCUGCGAUGUGUUGGAUCGGUUGGGGCCGGCGCCACGAGCAACGGACAGACCGGUCAGCAAGAGCGAGCAUUUCCUGCACAGAGACUGUUCGAAGACCCGAAAAAGGGCUUUUGGAGAUAUGAAAUCGAUUUGCCGUUUCUGGACCAGGAGACGGCCUGGCAGUAUUCCAUCCAGAAGCUGCGAACCGUGGAGAAGCAGCCCUUGGAGACUCUGAAGCAAUUCGUUGUGCCAUCCAAGCAUGAGAGCAUGCGAAUCAUGUUUCACUCUUGCAAUGGCUUCAGCGUGGGAACCGACGUUGAUGCGUGGGCUGGACCAGCCUUGUGGAACGACGUUCUUCGGGUUCACGAGCAAAAGCCCUUCCACGUAAUGAUUGGAGGUGGCGAUCAGAUCUACAAUGACGGCGUUCGUGUCGAUGGUCCACUCAAGCCAUGGACGGACAUUGCCAAUCCGAAGAAACGUCGAGAGUUUCCCUUCAACGAAGACAUGCGAUCCAAGUGUGACGAAUACUACUUCAACAACUACGCCCGCUGGUAUGGACAGGAGCCAUUCAAGACGGCCAAUGCACAGAUUCCUCAGUUGAACAUUUGGGACGACCACGACAUCAUCGACGGUUUCGGAUCCUAUACAGAUCAUUUUAUGCGAAGUAGUGUCUUCAGAGGGAUUGGAGGUGUUGCGCACAAGUACUACCUCCUGUUCCAGCACCACAUUCCACCGCCACCAUCCACAUACACUACAGAUGCUCCCCAGACUACCCACACGUCCGGUAAAACAACAGARCCGGAUUCAGUCCAGUUGAGGGACACCUAUGUCAUGGUGCCAAAGACAGAGGACCCUAGCUUCAUCAUUGGAAACAGUCCCGGACCAUAUGUCGAGGAGCGUAGCCGCAACAUUUACUGCCAGCUCGGCAAGCGCAUCGGAUUUCUCGGCAUCGACGCCCGCACAGAGCGGACAAGACACCAGGUCAACUACCCUGAUACAUAUGACUUGAUAUUCCGACGAACUAGCGAUGAGCUGGCGAGAUCAAACGGAGCGAUCAAGCAUCUUGUUCUUCUACUGGGAGUUCCAAUCGCCUAUCCUAGACUUCAAUGGCUCGAGAACCUCCUGACUUCCCCUUUGAUCGGACCAAUCAAACUACUGAACAAGCGUUUCGGCAUUGGUGGGGGCCUCUUUAACCAGUUUGACGGGGGUGUCGAUCUUCUGGAUGAUUUGGACGAUCAUUACACUGCUCACCAGCACAAGAAGGAGCGCAAAGCGUUGAUUCUACGCUUAMAGGAGUUGGCGAAGAAACACAGCGUUCGCAUCUCGAUUUUGGGUGGCGAUGUGCACCUUUCAGCACUCGGGAGGUUCUACUCCGCACCUCAUCUCAAGAUUCCGGCCGAGAGAGAUUGGCGUUACAUGCCCAACAUCAUCAGUUCCGCCAUCACCAACAAGCCUCCACCGCAAGCCGUGGCGAACUUGCUUGCCAAGCGCAAUAAAAUUCACCACCUUGAUCAUGACACCGACGAGACUUUAUUGGAGAUGUUCGACAAGAAUCCUGGUGAGGGGCAAGAGGGCGUGAAGCCCAAGACUGCGGCAACCAACCAUGCCACAAUGCCUAGCCGCAACUAUGCGAUCAUCGCCGAGUCGCACUCUUAUCUGGAGGAACACGCAAAUGGCAACGUGAAUGGCGCCAAUGGUGAGAUCCAAGCGAGUGGCCUAAAUGGUAUUUCCAACGGAAUUUCAGAUACUGGCAACAACACCAACUUUGAGAUCCCAAAGAACUCGCGAAACCCUCUUCACAAGGGCGAGGUGGGCUGUGGUACCCAGCAUCCAGCAGCGCAAGGUAUCGUCAAGACCAAGCUGGCCGGCCAAUACGGUCUCGACAUCACCAUCAAAGUCGAAAUUCAACCCGGUGACAGAGAAGGCCACACUGAGGGUUAUGGAAUAAGCAUUCCAUCGCUCGAUUGUGCGAGUUACGGGGGGCAAGGCGAGAGCUGGUAG